AUGCAGGAAGUCCUGGCAGACGACCCCAACAACCUGACUGUCUUGCUGAAGGUGCUCUUUGCCGAAGAAAUAUACUACAUCUGGAUGCAUUUCUGGAUCAAAAUCUGCUUCCUGCUCUUUUACCUCCGUCUAGCCAGCGCGAGAACGUUCCGGAUGCUGGUCUACUGCACGAUUGGACUGACCGCUGCAAUCACCGUCACCAUUUGGCUGAUAUAUUGCCUUCAAUGCAAGCCUCUACAAGCCUUUUGGUAUCCAACUCUAUAUCCCACGGCAAAAUGUCUUCCGUCAAAAGUGACAUACUUUGUGCCAGGAAGCUUAGAGCUCUUCCUCGAUUGCAUCAUCCUAUUCCUUCCAGUCACCGUGUUUUGGGGCCUCCAGAUGACCUGGCGCCGACGACUUGCCGUGUACUCAGUCAUCACGAUGGGAGGAAUUGUUGUUGUCGUGUCCGGCCUGCGACUGAUCGUGGUCAAUCAAUUUGCUACCAACCCUGAUUUCACCUACAUUCUCGGACGGAUGAUCCUCAUCUCAGCAGUCGAAAUCCAAGUUGGCAUAUUCGCCGCAAAUAUGCCGGGCAUCAAAGCAUUUUACACAAUUUGGAGGAAAGGCGAACUAUCUUCUAAUGGAACAAAGAAAUCCCAAGGUAGUGCAGGCGUUGUCAGCAGCGGCCAGGCACAUCAGCUCGCGACGCUCUGGAACAAGCGUAGUGACAAGAACAAGACGGUCGAGGAUGACAAGACCACUGAUGGUGAUGGCGACGGCUCUGAGCGCCGCCUUACUCGGGCAAGGUCGUCCGAAGAGUUGUCUACUGCGGGUGGAAAGGGUACGAUCACCGUCGCCACAGAAUACAGCGUGGCAGAAGAUGAAGAGUAUAGACGUCCACGGCGACACUCGCACUAUCACAACACAGUCCCGGGCAAUUUGAAAUGA